GAAAAAACUGGCUUCAACAAAAUAAAAGAAGCGGAUACUUUUUAUAAAAAAAACAAAAAAAAAAAACGAAAAACAGAAAAGGCGGCUACAAGCCUUCGGCUUGGAAUGCUCCCUCGAUUUUCGUAUUCAAUUUUCCCAGACUUUUCACACAACGGAAAUUCAGCAGAGAAAUAAUCUCUCUCUUCCAUUUUUCCAAUCUAAUCGAAAACUCAGCUCAAUUUCUUCUCAUGGCUUCCUUUCGCAGGCUUCUUCCUCUUUGCUCCUCCCUCAACAGAACGAGCUUUUCUUCUCCUGGAGUUCGAGAAGGAUUAGGAGCAAAUGUUCGAGGCUACAGUGGAAUUGCAUCCUCUGAGGAAACGGUAUCAAAGUUUGAGGAAGGACUAAGGCGAGCCGAGGCGGAUUUGGUGGUUAAAGAUGACAUUGACAAGAUUCGGAGGGAAUUUGAUGCUGCCAAACGGAGUUUCCUUAAGAUUCCCGAAGCACUCAAGGCAAUGCCGAAGACAAAUCCUGAAGGGAUAUAUGUCAAUCGGAGUAUUAGACUGGAUCUUAUUCAAGUAUAUGGUUUCGACUAUGAUUUUACGUUGGCACAUUACUCUGCUAACUUGCAGAGUUUGAUAUAUGAUCUUGCAAAGGAGCAUAUGGUGAAUGAGUUUAGGUAUCCUGAGGUUUGCAUGAGUUUUAAAUAUGAUCCAUCUUUUCCCAUUAGAGGACUGUACUAUGACAAGCAGAAUGGGUGUCUCUUGAAGUUGGAUUUUUUUGGUUCAAUAGAGCCAGAUGGGUGCUUCUACGGUCGUCGCCAGCUAGGUGAGAAGGAAAUAGAAGAGAUAUAUGGCACAAGACAUAUUGGCCGUGACCAGGCGCGCGAGCUUGUGGGCUUGAUGGACUUUUUCUGCUUCAGUGAGGCAUGCCUCAUUGCUGAUAUUGUGCAGUAUUUCGUUGAUGCUAAACUAGAAUUCGAUGCCUGUUACAUAUAUCAAGAUGUCAAUCGUGCAAUUGAGCAUGUUCAUCGAAGUGGUUUGGUUCAUAGAGGAAUUCUUUCUGAUCCUCAUCGUUAUCUAGUAAAAAAUGGUCAGCUAUUACGCUUUCUUAGGCUGUUAAAGGAGAAAGGGAAGAAACUUUUCUUGCUGACAAACUCACCAUAUUAUUUUGUUGAUGGAGGGAUGCAGUUUAUGUUGGAGGAUUCUAUGGGUGGCAGAGAUUCAUGGAGGGAGCUUUUUGAUGUUGUAAUUGCAAAAGCUAAUAAGCCAGAGUUUUACACUUCUGAGCGUCCAUUCCGGUGCUAUGACACCGAGAAGGACACUCUAGCUUUUACAAAAGUGGAUAAAUUUCUUCAAAAUAAAAUAUAUUACCACGGGUGCCUCAAAUCCUUUCUCCAAAUUACAAAGUGGAAUGGUCCAGAGGUGAUAUACUUUGGUGAUCACCUAUUUAGUGACUUAAGAGGCCCUUCAAAGGCUGGUUGGCGGACUGCUGCGAUCAUCCAGGAACUAGAAAGUGAAAUUCGCAUGCAAAAUGAGGAUAGUUAUCGAUUUGAACAGGCCAAAUUUCAUAUACUACAGGAAUUGCUUGGGAGGUUACAUGCAACUGUAAUCAAUAAUAAGAGAAGUGAGGCAUACAAGUUACUCAUGGAUGAACUAAAUGAAGAGAGGCAGAAAGCGCGCUCCAUGAUGAAGAGAAUGUUCAAUAGAUCUUUUGGGGCCACCUUCCUCACUGACAAAGGUCAAGAAUCUGCUUUUGCAUAUCACAUCCAUCAGUAUGCCGAUGUUUACACUAGUAAACCAGAGAACUUCUUGUUCUAUUCACCUGAGACAUGGCUCUAUGCACCCUUUGAUAUCAAGAUCAUGCCUCAUCAUGUGAAGGUUCCAUCAAAUUUGUUCAAAAAAUCAGGAGAUGUUACUUCUCAAUGCCAUUAAGGAUGGGACGUUUCUUAAAGUCUCAUAAUUUUAUUCAGCUCCAAAUGUGGCAAGGAGGCCAUUUGUUGAUGUUCCUGUCAUGAGGGUGACCAUGGUAUUAUGCUCGUGUUCAGUGAUUGGGUGGGAACUGCAUGACAAAUAAUUCUCGUUGCUUGUAAGUAACGGUAUAUAAUGUGCAUCAUCUUCCUUUCUUUUAUAUUAAUUAAAUCCUCAAAAUGUUAUUUCAUUUUAAUGAACAUCAUAAAAUAGAAUUUGGAGAAAUAAGGACCUUUAAUUUGGUCCAGAUUAAAUAUAUGGAAAAAUAUGAUACAUAAUGUAACAUUGGCUU